AGGGGGAGAGUCGAAGGCACGUAACCUGCCUACAAAUGAACACCGCAAUCAUAAAGUCGCGACUUUCUUCGUAAUCCAACACUCGUCGUACCGUAACGUUUGUAAAGAGCUUCUGUUUUCCAGACGACUCGUCUUCUUGUCAGGAUAUUGCGGGUUUUUCCUUAAUGAUUCCGCGUCAAGCAUCAGUCCACUUCUGACCGACUUCGACACCUCACAGCGAGAGACCAGCCAACAAGCGCCGCACGGCUCCAUCCCGAGUCAUUGGAUCUCCGGCUUACAGACAGAGCGAGGUGUUAAAUACAAGACGGACAUAGCAGCAGAUGGCACAUGCUCCGUAUACGAUCCUGUAACAAGGGCUCGAGCUUCACUGACAGAUCCAGUGGAUAUGAAAAAAAGCUACCUUGUGUAGAUCUGAACUUGCUUUAUUCAGUUAAACUCGAAUGUGGCGAAGGCUUGACUUCUUAUAAGAUUGGUAAUAAACAAAUUAUGACUUUAGACGGAAGUAGUAUAGGGAAAACAUAACUAAAUUCAAAGCAUUAAAGAUAUAUAUAAUUACAUACAGUGUCUCUGGACUUCGAUGAAAAUCUGAGCGCUUGACUUCGACUUGAAUACGUGGUUUUCAACCAAGCCAAGAGGAGCAGGAAGAGCAAGAACGCAUGCUUUGGGCAUGGUGCCCACGCCCCAGGUGUGCGUAUCAACCCUGGUCACGGUCAGCACCAUGGCAGUGGUCGACCUCUACCUACUGGAGCAGAGCAUGCUGGGAGCUCGUGGUGGUGUUCCGGGACCCGGCAUCUGGCAGUGUGUUGCUGUGUUGCUAGGCGACCUGUGCUUCCUUCUGGCACUGCGUUUCGUGUCGGCGGGCGUAGUGUCAGAGGCACAAUCCCCUCGCCGCGGCUUUGCCAACGCUCUCUGGUUCCUCUUCCUGUCCCUGCUGCAGCUCAAGCUCUUCUUCGUGUGUCAGAACUACCGGCAGGAACGCCGUCCACCUGACCCGCUGGCCAGGAAGACUCUGACACUGCUGCUGUCCGUCUGCCUGCCCUCGCUCUUCCUCAUCCUGACGGGGGCCGACAACAUGACACCGCUGCGCAGGAAGCAGGAGGUGCGUGGGCGGCUGCUCUGGGUGGUGGUGGACCUGCUAGAUGUGCUGGACCUGCAGGCAGGCCUGUGGGAGGCCCACGUUGGGGCUGGAGGGCCUGGGGCAGGUGGAGGGCUUGGGGCAGGUGAGCUGGGCCUACCCCUGUGGGCUGAGGGUUUGGUGUUCUUCUACUGCUACGCCCUGCUGCUGCUGCUGCCCUGCGUGGCCCUCACAGAGCUGGGGGCAGCUGCCCUGCCUGGCCAGAGGGGGCCCCGCAAGGAAGCUCUGUACCCCUGGCUCAGCCUGGUCACCAUCAAUGUGUUCACGCUGGGCCUGAGGGGCACGGGCAUGCUGUGGUACAGGGACCCACGCGUCUCCACCGUCUUCCUGGGGAAGAACCUGCUGGCCCUGGCUGUGAAACUCACCUCUGCCUGGGAGAGGCGCAAGCUAGACCGUGGGGGUGCUCGAGGGCCAGGGGCCAGGGCUGGGACAGAGGCAGGGGACACAACCCUGCCAAGCCAGAACUCAGAGCAGCAGGGAGAGGCCCAGGCCCAGGGGAAGACUUCCUCCGGGCCUCCCUCCCGCUACCACACACUGUCACGCUCCCACAGCCACGCCCACUCCACCGUCAGCCUGGACCAUACAGAUGCCCCACUGGGCCCCUCCUUCAUCUCUCAUGAACUCUAGACUCUUCAGCAGUAAAAGCUACUACCGACUCUUGGACGGACACACACACAUUAACACAAUACACACAUCACUUGCUGUUUGGAAAAGCCAGCGCAGUAGCUCAUCGUAUUUAACUUGGAUCACUUUGGUUAAAGGGAUGAUUUAUCCAGCCAGGGGGGUGCUGGCAAACCUUAGGCUUUUGGUAUCUGAGGGGGAGGUGGAGAGCGAGGGGGGGAGGGCCUAGGGGUAGAUGUACAGUCAAGUGCCUUCCUUUGCAAGGAGCUCCUAUUCUCAGCACUGGCGUUGGUACACUAUCUUGUGUGCCACGAGGGAUUUGAGCAUAUGCUGUAUGUAUACCAUUACGCUACUCCACAGCUGCUGUCGGUGUCGGCUGCACUUCCAGAACAGCCUCCAACAAACUGUAAUAAAACGUUUCACACU